AAGAAUAAUUAAGGACAAUCCCGCGAAAACACACAGUUUGCCAAAACCUAUUGUACGCAAGGUCACGAAUUAACAUGGCUGCAGCUCGCGAUUAUUUGCAAUUAUUCGCUUAUCUUUUGAUAUUUACGUCAUGCUGUGGUAUGCUGAAAGCAAGCAGUGAACGUAUCCGUUUGGCUGACGGUUCAAAAACUGACGGUCGCGUGGAAUUAUUUCACAAUGGGACAUGGGGAACGAUUUGCGAUGAUAGCUGGGACAAUUAUGAUGCCAAAGUUGUUUGUAGAAUGCUGGGUUUAAGCGACGGAACCGCUUUCACUAAGGCCUGGUUCUCCCAGGGCAAAGGAGAAAUAUUCAUGUCAGAAGUACAAUGUUUGGGGUCCGAAUUAUCUAUUUGGGAAUGUCCAUUCAAAAGAGAGCACUUUUGUUCUCAUCGUGAAGACGCUUCUGUUGUUUGUAGUGAACGUCGAAAUGGCAGCAACAUAAUUACUACGACUGAAACGCCUAAGGUUUUAAACACUGGAAAUGGUUCGGGAGUGCGACUAGUUGGAGGUGACAACAAUACCCAUGGCCGUGUUGAAGUGUUCCAUGAAGGAAUAUGGGGCACUAUCUGUGAUGACUGGUGGGAUGUACGAAAUGCUAUCGUGGUGUGCCGCAUGAUCGGAUUUAGUACUGGCAAAGAACAUAAGCCAACGCCUGGAGACGGUCCUAUAUGGUUAGAUGACGUGAAAUGUAAAGGAUGGGAAGAAAAGAUAUCUGACUGUGACAGGAAAAACUGGGGUGAUCACGACUGCUUCCACAACGAGGAUGCCGGUGUUAUAUGUCAGUAAAAUAAUUUCAAAAUGGUUUUUCCCAUUAUGGUUAUUAAAAUACUUAUUAAAAGUAAUAUAAAUGGAUAAACAUGCAUGGAUAAACGUAUUAUAACAUUUUAAUGGCGAAUAAAAUAUAUUUACUCUGCUCAUUUCA